AUGUGGCGCAACGUUAAGAAGAGCCAGGCCACAUUCCUCAAUGUCAACAAGUCAAGUGGCCGAUGCGGGAGACAUGCCCUGCUCGUCCCUGAACGGCUUCACGCGCUCUCCACAUUGGCCGACGCAUUGAUUCCAUCACCCCGCUCGAUGCUCGACCCGAGCCAUCAAACCAUGAACACCAGUCCAUCCCCGAGCCACAGCCCGGACACGGGUCGAAGACACCGUCACUUCAAGCUCCUGAAGCGCCACAGCCCCUCUCUACCAACGCUUCGGUUCCGCUCAGGUUCGCUCAAUGGUCGCCUUGAAACUAGCCUGACCGACACCGGCACCGCCAGCACCAGCACCAGUGCCAAAGCGCCCCUUUUUGGAAUCCAUCGCGGAGGCAGCACUGGCAAACGCAUGCGCGCUGCCGCCUCGCUGGAGAUGCUCGCGUCCAAGCCCGUCGAUCCCGACGAUGCCCCCCUUCCCGCUAUCCCGCGCGUCGUUGUACGCAAUCCAGACACCAUGCAAUCACUGCAAGUCAGCCUCGACCAGCAGAAGCCCCCCGCCGAUUCCGAGAGCAUCCGGUCCGCCCCCGCCUGCCUGCUGGGCUCUUACAUCGUCGAGCCUCGGGAUGGAGGUCAAGCACACAGCAAAUCGCGCUGUAUCUGGGUUCGGGAACAUACCCUUGAGCUAGCCCAAAGUGCUCUGCUUCUCGUGCUUGUGGCCGCCCUCCUCCUCCUUGCCAUUUAUGCCCUGACCAUGGCCCGACAUUACGCGCCUGCCCUCCCGGCCUUGGACCUUUGA